UGGCCACCGCUUACCAACACACUAAAGAGCCUCUUGUCUGUACAUUGCAAGGUUUUCCUUAUAGUAUCUUUGGAAAAUUAUUAUUUGCUGACAUUUCCUAAACACUACUCAGCUAUAUUCUGGCUGCCAUUCAUACCUCUACGUAAUCAAUUUCAGCAACAAACGCUCCCUUUAAUCUUUAACUCGAUUCAUCGAUGACUGUAGUAUCUCCAGAUGAAAGUACGGAGCCUUCUUCGCCUACUCCAGUCAUGACUACUCUUGAUAUCGGGGCUCCUGAUACAUAUAAGCCACGUCGAUCCUUUCAAAAGAUACAUGGAUUUCAAGAUGAAUCAAACUUUCAAGCAGUAUUCUGGCUGACGAUAUAUUUCUGCUUUAAUCUCGGUCUUACAUUAUAUAACAAAGCUGUUAUGCAGUACUUCAAUUUUCCAUUUCCAUGGACAUUAACAGGAAUUCAUGCUCUUUGUGGUGCAUUUGGGUGUCAGCUCUUGUGCAUGUUUAAAGUAUUCCAGCCUGCUAGAUUGGGCCUGCGUGAAAACCUAACAAUGCUAGCCUUUUCAACACUAUACACUGUCAAUAUUGCAGUAUCAAAUGUCUCGCUAAAUAUGGUUUCUGUUCCAUUUCACCAAACUGUUCGUGCCAUGGUUCCGUUGUUUACUAUACUUAUAGAAUUUGUGUGGCUUAAAAAACACGUUUCGGUUUCUGUCAUCAUCACAAUGCUUCCAAUUAUAUUGGGUGUUACGCUGGCUACGAUUGGAGAUUAUGAUUUCUCGCUAUUGGGAUUUGCUUUGACCCUUCUUGGAACGCUCCUUGCUGCUGUAAAGGGAAUUGUGACCAAUGUUGUUCAAGUUGGCAAGUUGAGGCUACAUCCACUUGAUCUGCUUCUCCGUAUGACACCACUCGCCUUUGUGCAAACAUUACUCUAUGCCUAUUUCACGGGCGAAUUACGCAAGGUGUCCGAGUUUUUUCAUGAGGAUGUCAAUAUUGCUAUUCUGUUAGCUCUUCUAGCCAAUGGCAUUCUUGCUUUUGGACUCAAUGUUUCAAGCUUUACUGCCAACAAAAGAACUAGUGCCUUGACUAUGGGUGUUGCUGGAAACAUCAAACAAGUUCUCUCUAUUAUCAUAUCCGUUACUAUAUUUAGCAUUACAGUCACAUUCACAAAUGGUGUUGGCAUUUUACUAACACUGAUUGGUGGAGCGUUUUAUACCAAUGCAGAGCUGAAGGAAAAGCGGCGACGCAGCAAUAUUGCCGACUUUUCAGUCAAAUAUGCUUUGGUAUGCUUUGACUGCAUGGCUAAGAAUCCAACAUGGUCCACGGUAACUUUUGGCCUCUAUCUCUGUCUGGACUGUUCGUCAGUUCAUCGAAACAUGGGUGUGCACAUCACCUUUGUAAGAUCAGUUACUUUGGAUUCUUGGUCAGUCGAUCAGCUCCGUCGUAUGAAAAUAGGUGGCAACCAUAAUUUCUCAGAGUUCCUUAAAAGUCAUGGCGGGAUGACUGGAUAUAAAGAUGCAAAGUUAAAAUACACAUCUCGGGCUGCAAUGCAAUACAAGGAGCGUAUGCAGAGACUGAUUGAUGAGGACGCUAAGAGACAUCCCAACUCCAUUGUACUUGAUGGCCAUGAAGAUCUUGCAGCACACAAUGGCUUUGAGGAUAACAAGACAGAUGACUUUUUUAGUGAUUGGAGUGUUGAUGGUGGCAAGAGUUUGUCACACGAGAAUCCUGUUCGCAGUUCACCUGUGCCAACUACUACGCGACAGAAUGACCUUUCUUCUGUAUCAAGAGUUUCUGCACCUGUCUCCAAGACUGAUAGUUUGAGUAAUGUAAAACAGGAUGCUUUGCCUGCACCAACGCGUUCUGGGGAUGAUGGAUGGGGGGAUCAUGAUGAUCUGCCGCCAAUUGAUACACCAGUCACUCGACCAUCUUUGUCGGUGAAACCACAUACUGCUGCUUCAUCUACAUUGAGUGGAUCCAUUGGCACAAGUAUCCUCCGACCUACCGCAAAGAAAGGACUUGGUGCCAAAAAAGCAACCAAGGUAAUCAAUUUUGACGAGGCAGAACGACGUGCAAAAGAAGAAGAAGCUCGUCGAACCAAAGAAGAAGAGACAAAUACAGAGCGUCGUAUGCUUGAGGAACAGUAUCAUACAUCCAAUUCAUCGCCGUCUCACGGAGACAACUCUAACAGUGCAGGUGGUUUCUCGAAUAGACUGGCCUAUGGAGCUAACCCUCAAAAUAACACUAUGGGGAGCUUUGCUGGUGCUGAAGUUUCCCAACUUGGUGCUGGUAUGGGUAGAUUGGGUUUUGGGUUUGAUCCAUCAAACACUACUUCUUCAGGUGGUACGGGUGGUUUUGGUGCAACCCAACAGACUGCAUCUACCACGUCUAAUGGUCGUGGUCCAUCCGCACACACAGCUGGAGGGAAAACAGGACUUGGGUUUGGUGCACAGCCUGCCGGCUUAUCCGAUCCAGAUGUUCAAAAAAGGUUUGGUUCGGCCAAGGCUAUUUCAAGUGACAUGUAUUUUGGACGUGGCAACUUUGACGAGGCUGAAAACACGGAGGCUCGUGAAAGACUUUCUGCAUUUCAAGGUCGUAGUGGGUUUGGGUCAUCUGAUUACCAUGGUCGAGAUGAAUCUGGUUCCGACUCUACUGGAGCACGUCGCACAUCAAUAUAUGACUCUAAUGUAAUUUUGUCAAAUGUUUCGGACUCGGCUCGCGAUUUUGCCUCUCGAUUUGUUGGUCAGGCAUCCGAAGAUCUUGAUAGUGUCAAGAAAAUGGUGACGGCUGGUGGAUCAAAACUCGGGGAGCUUCUAUCUGAUAUCCAGUCUCGCUAUGGCUAAAAGUUGACCUAGUCUUUUGAUCAGGAUUGUCUAAAACGGUAUAUUGAAUUCUUGUCAGGAUGUGACCAGUGACAUUAGCUGGCGCAAGAUUGGACUGCUGUUAUUUUUCAGCUGGAGCAAUAUAUGAUUAGGGGCAGUUUGAAUAAGAUUGAAUUUUUUUAGAUUU